AUGAAUGUUCUUUCCUUUCUCUGGCAUCUCCUUUCUAAAGAAUAUUGGUGCUUGGCUGUUUGGGAACCCAUUCUCCUACUGCAAUUUCCGAUGGAAGAUCCCGACGCUGCGUCGGCACCUCUGCACGCCACCACUUCCGGAUCUGACGAUGAUCACUCCCGCGGCAUAAGCAGCGCAGUGUCACAUGCGCUGGGACCCGAGCCGUCACCAGCAACCGCGAGCGAGACCGCCGUAUCUUCUGUUGUGCCUCAUGCGGUGAUCCAAAGCAUACAAUGCGCACGCUGCUCUCAGAUCCUUCGCUCGCCGCUGCGGCUGCCAUGCGGAAAUUCAAUCUGCCGGUCAUGUCUCCCGCCGAUUUAUCAACGUACGGGUAUCACAUAUCCCGCGAACGAGGAGCGGAAGCAUGGAUUCUUAUGCUACUGGGGGAAGGCAGAUGCGUGUUCCGGAGAGCACUGCCUGGGUGACUGUGGAGUGGAUGUCUUACUGAGUCGACUGGCCGAUGUUUUCGAGGAGGUUCUUGCGGUCGACCGCGGAGAUGGUUCAAGCGAAGGCGCGUCUACAGUUACGUGGAAAACUUCCCGAGGUGAACCAGAAGUGACCACACAGUGUGAAAGUAUUGGGACGGAUUUGCUGAAGGGAGUCUACUGUCUCGUCAAAGAGGGCCGGUUCGAUUAUGAUGCGUCGGAGGUACACUAUUCGGUCGGGGACCUUGCUGCUGACAGCUCCACCCAGCGUUCAUAUACAAAGCUCAAGAAUGCGGUCAGGAAUGAGUUGGACUGUCAGGUGUGCUACUCGCUUAUACUGGAUCCGUUGACUACGCCAUGUGGCCACACGUUCUGUCGCGACUGCGUCACUAUGGUGAUGGACCACAGUGAUCUCUGCCCUGUCUGUCGCCGGAAGCUGAACUUGUCCUUAACUUCCCGAAGAAAGCCCAGCAACCUGAGGAUCUCGGCUAUCCUGGAGGCGCUAUUCCCCGAGCAGUUGGAGAUGCGGAAAGAUAACACUUCCGAUGUUGAUGACGCGGCCGCCGCGGACGAUGAACAAACGCUUCCCCUGUUUGUGAACUCGCUGUCUUUCCCGACCAUGCCAACCUUCCUGCAUAUCUUUGAGCCUCGAUAUCGCAUAAUGAUGCGCAGGGUUAUGGAGACGAGGGGCAAGAAAUUCGGCAUGGUCAUGUACAACCGCGGCAGUCGGCCUCAGCCGGGAUUGGGGCGGUCUGAGUUUAUGCAGUAUGGUACAGUCUUGAUGGUUGAUCGCUAUGAGCUUCUCCCAGACGGUAGAAGCCUGGUUAUUGCCACUGGUGUCUCCCGAUUCAAGGUAAGCAGCUCGGAAGUGGUUGAUGGCUAUCAUGUUGGCAGGGUACAACGUGUGGAAGAUGUGCCAAUCACUGAAGAAGAGCGAAUUGAGUCAUUGGAAACAUCAGUCACAAUGGAAGCGCCGCCAGCGGCAAGUGCUGAUCCUGCAGAUACCCCUAUAGAAGUCCUGCCGACCCUGCAGCUAUUCCAAUUGGCUAUAGACUUCAUUGACGAACAACGUCGUAAGGGAGUCGCUUGGCUUCAUCCUCGUGUCCUGAUGGCCUACGGUGAUGCACCCACUGAUCCCGCUCUGUUCCCAUGGUGGCUUGCUAGCGUCUAUCCUUUGUGGGAAGACGAUAAGUAUUCGUUAUUAGCAACGACUAGUGUCAGAGACCGUUUGAAGAUUGUUGCACGAUGGGUCAAAAAGUCGAGGUCUCGAGAAUGCCGUCCCUCUGCUCAUCUUCUCCCUUGUGCCACUGUUUCUGGGUCCUGGUCUAUCAUUCUUAUCGCCCUCGACGGCGGUCUUCACGUCGUUCACACCGUUUACCAUGUCGGUCUCCAUUUCCUUCGGAAAUACUCGUGCAUCCGAGAAUUCUCGCCAGGAGCCGGAACAAAGUCGGGACUCGGAGAUAUUACCGUCAACAUCAUCCAAAUCAGGCGCGCAAGACAACGGGGUGCAGCAGGGGGUAGACGAGACACGAACCUAGGAGCUGUAGGAGCUGAGAUACCAGCUGAACGAGAAGAUGAGCCAGGGGGGAUUGAUGUCGAUAUCGCCCCCGGCGAGAUUGGAUGA